AUGACAACUCCAUCAAUACAAAAAGAAAUUUGUAAUUGUUUUGCAGAAGAAGUGUUAAAGAAGAUAUUUGAAGAACUUGGUGAUGAUGUCUUUUCUAUAUUAGUUGAUGAAUCGAGGGAUAUUUCUAAAAAGGAACAAAUGGUUGUGGUUUUGAGGUAUGUUAAUAAAUUAGAAUUUGUUAAGGAGCGUUUUAUCGGUCUUGUUCAUGUUAAGGAAACAACCGCUUUAUCUCUUAAAUUUGCAAUUGAUGAAUUGUUUGCUCGCUACAAUUUGAGUUUGGGUAGGGUUAGCGGCCAAGGAUAUGGCGGCGCAAACAACAUGUUCGGUGAAUUUAAUGGUUUGAAAACUUUGAUUUUGAAAGAAAAUUCUUUGGCAUAUUUUGUUCGUUGCUUUGCUCACCAACUUCAAAUUAUUGUUGUGGCCCUUGCAAAUAAACAUCUUGAAAUUUGUAGGUUUUUAAAGAAAUAUCAAAUUUGA